CGUCGAGGCUCAGGCGCAUGGCCCUCGGCUCUGCACUCCUUCUCGCUCCGCUCACGAGCAACACAAGGUCAUGUCUGGCGAUGCAUCGCCAACAGGCAGUGAUAGUCAGCAUGAUCUCCAGCCACCAGGUCAGAAGACUCUCCUCGACGAGGGCGGCGGCGGCAUCGUCGAUGAGACCGACGAUGCCAAUCUCUCACGCUUCUCUCGCGCUGCAGAGUUCCUCUCACUGCUGAACCGCUUCCUGGCCAGCAAAGACGACAAUGCUGUCGCUUCGACGUCGACAUCGACGCCAAAGGACAAGCUGCUAUCACAGCUGCGGGCCAUUCUCGAUGACUAUCAAGAGCAGUCCUACCUCCUUGAUCCUCACCUUGAGGCGAUGGUCAUGCCUCCUGUUCAAGCGUUGCAGCGGGCAGUCAAGAGCCGGCGCAACCUCACCAGCGACAAUGAAGACGUCUGUCGCAUCGCUCGCCUCUUAUACUCUUACGCCAAGGUCAGAGGCUACAAGACGAUUCUGCGCUUCUUCCCACACGAGGUUGGAGACGUGAUACCCACUGUAGAGGCUCUUCGGCACUUUCAGAUGCAAGAGGACAACACAUCCGAUACCUGGGAGCUACGCUACGUCCUGCUCCUUUGGCUAUCUCUAGUCUGCAUGAUCCCCUUUGACCUCAAGAACUUCUCUGCAAGCAUAGCCGAUGAGAUUGUUGUCAUCUGCCAGACAUUUCUCGAAAGUCCGGGUAAAGAAAGGGACGCAGCGGCGAUUACCCUUGGUAAGCUCUUGCAGCGCAGGGAUACCGCUCAGACGCAGCUACCUGCGUACAUCAAGUGGUGUCAAGAAAAGCUCUCCCCUCAGGCCAGACCAUCGCCCUUCCUCGCUACGGGCAUCUUCCAGACGCUCUGUGAGAUCCUCAAGAAUCCUAGCCCGCACCUGGUUCAGCCGCACUUUGAACAGAUUCAAUCGUUAGUCUCGCUGGGAGAGUAUGGAGAGGAAGACUCAGAGGCUCUGAAGAGACUCAGAUCCAAUGGCUUGGUGAACAAGCUGCGUGGAAAGCUUGCGACGAGGAUGGCUUUGACGCUUCUGCGGCCGAGAAAGAAUGGGCGUGCAGUAGCUAGGAGAUUGCUAGGUGGUGGCAGUGGGAAGGUUGGGGCCGCAUCACAGGAACGAGGGACGGAAGGGGCGCAACAGGAAGAGGAGGACGAGGACGACGACGAUAUACCCCCAUCGAUCGACUCCUACAUCUCGCAGCUCCUCCGAGGUCUACAAGACAAGGAUACACUCGUCCGUUACUCGUCCGCAAAAGGACUAGCGCGGAUCUGCGAGCGGCUCCCGGGCUUCUUCAUCGAUCAAGUCGCUGAGGCUGUGACUGACUUGUUUCAAAUCAAUGUCUUGACACUCAACGAUGGGAGUCAGGACUACAGCGCCGUUUCCGAGUUCACCUGGCAGGGAGCUUGUCUAGGCCUUGCCGAAAUGGGCCGUAGAGGGCUGCUCAGUGAGGCGACACUGGGUGAACAGCUGGAGUGGGUGAAGAAGUCCCUCUUCUUCGACAUCCGGCGGGGAUCUCACUCCAUUGGCUCCUCCGUCCGUGAUGCCGCGUGCUACGUUCUGUGGGCCCUCUCACGUUCCUACCCAUCCUCGGCGCUCAUCCCUCACGCCCUUUCAAUCGCUCAACACCUGAUCACUGUCGCUCUCCUCGAUAGAGAAGUCGCCAUCAGGCGAGCCGCUUCAGCAGCUUUUCAGGAAUGCGUGGGCCGCUGGGGCCUCUUUCCACACGGUAUCGCCGUGGUGGGUAAGACCGACUUCUUCUCCGUCGGAGUGCGGAGAGUCGCCUUUCUAGAGGCUCUCCCAUUCGUAGCAUCCUACCAUGAGUAUCGACCAUUCUUGUUGGAGACGUUGCUGCACAAAACCGUUGUACAUUGGGACCCAGCUAUGCGAGAGCUGGGAGCAAAGGCAGUGGCCAAGGUGGCUCAGCUGGGCUUGCGACGGAUUGUGCCCGAGAUAGUGCAAAGGCUUGAGAGCAAUUGCACCUCCAGAGACUCGGUGAUACUCCAUGGCACCUUGCUGACCCUCGCCGAGGUCGGACGGCUGUGUAAAACCCUCACUGAAGAUGCGAAAGAAGACCCGGUGCUUGUCGCUACGCAGCGCAAGAUCUUCGCUUUGCUCGACGUUGUGCCGAGGACUACUUUCCGGUCGCUAGGUGGCGCUCUGGUCCUGGAAGCAGCAUGUGGUUUGAUUGCCGCGACGGCAUCGAAGCAAGCGCUCGACCAUCAUACCUCCUCGGCGAGUCCACCGACGUAUGACAUCUUCAUCGACGCUGCCCUCGCUCGUCGAGAAGAGGUGGUGCACGCAGCCGCUGCCUCUGCACUUGAAAUCGUCAGCCGGCUCGUCGACUGUAGUGAGCGCGUGAUCAAGGUCAUUAGCGCUCCCAAGGUUUGGAGAGCUUUCAGUCCUUCACAGCAGCAAAGCUUUGCACUCGCUCUCGGUUACAUCCACUAUCCCGAUGAAGGAACACAGGCUGAAGAGCAGGGAAUUGGGAUCAAGGGACCACUGCUCCACCGCUCACUGCGCUUCCUCCUUGCGCUCGUGACGGUGAAACCUGGCAGUACAAUCUACUCGUCCCACAUCGAGACGCGCCGCAAUGCCUAUAUGUCUCUUGUCGCCAUUCUGCAGAGGACGGGUAACGAUCUUCCGGAGCGAGUCCCUCCGCAGCUUGGGCAAACAGUGUUGCAGGCUCUAGUGGAUGCCCUUUCGGACUAUACUACAGAUCAAAGGGGCGAUGUCGGAUCCUGGGUGAGGGUUGCGGCCAUGCGAGGGUUGACCACAUUGGUAGCGCAGUACCGGCACCUCUUCCGUGCUGGCAUCCUUAAGGGUAGUGAAGAUGUGCAGGCCUGGCUCCCUGAACAGCUCUUCCAUGCCAUUGUGUGCGGGAUCAGUAAGCAGGUCAUGGAGCGCAUCGACAACGUACGUGUCGAGGCCGUGGGACACCUCCUGUCCCUCUACCGCCAGCAACCCGGUGAGGCAGAGGGGCUAGACCUAGAGGUCUUCCCUCGACCGCACGGACGGGAGUACAUCAUGCAAGCCUUCUUCCCCGAAAGCAGCUCAACAACUCUCACCCCGGACAUGCAAGUCGCCCCGGAGGUGAUACGCAGCCCCUCUCUCCUCUAUCCCCGCCUCAUCACGCUCCUCCUCAUAGAGGCCUACCGACCACACUUGCUCAGUGGUCUCCUCCAAACCCUCUCCUCGCGCGUAGACGUCGCUCUGCGCACCGUUGGUCCUUCGUUGGUGGACUUUGCACUGGCCGAGGCGGAUCGUGAGACGUAUAGCGCGCGGGACAUUUGGCGGGAUUUACUGCUGGUGGCGGAGGGGAGGGAGGCGAAGAUUGUCGGUGGAGGGAUGAUGGGGAUGAGCCUUUUGCUGGAAGGAGGGCUGGUGGAUCUGCUUGUCGAGCAGCGGGACGCUCGGACUGAUGGAGACGCAGACGCAGACGGACAUAAUGAUCAAAAGGGGGAUGCUCCGGCUUGGCGAGAGCUCUUCGAACGAUCACUGGCAGUCGCGAUGCGCAACGUGGGCAAGAUCAAAACGCACCAGAGGCUGAUGCUCUCAUUGUCCCUCGGGAUGAAUCUACUGGCUGUGCCGUUCACCAGUGUACAGAGGGAAGUGGUUCAGCAGGUAGUAGGGACGUUCUUGGGCCAUGAUGAGCCGGCAAUCCGACGAGCAGCAGCUGAAAAGCUCUACCUCGUCCUCACCUCCAGCGAGACACUGCAAGACGCAGAGGGUGAAGGCGCGCAAGAAGUAGAGGAGCUUCUACUGGAAAUUCCUUGGAGCGAAGAGAGGGAAUUUGAGGUAGAAGUCACAAAGGUCAAGGAGGGGCUAAUGGGAUUGAUUGAGGGUCCACAGCAAUGAGGAAUAAACCAAAGAGGGACAAGACCUCGUAUACCAUGAACACAGCUUCCUUCCUCGAACGCUUGUGCGAGAAGAGAGGGAUAGCGAGACUACGAAGAGUUCA